UAAUAUAAAUACAAUUUAAAAAGAUAGCAAACUCAUUUUGUUAUUGCUCCCGAGCGAACGCUUAGACGCGACCUGAGCCGAGCCACGCUGAGCUGGGCCUGUAAUUUGACGAAAACGCAAACGUUAACAAGGCCAAAAAGACCGCAGCGAAUUGCUAACAGCAAGCACUACAAAAACAGCGAUCAUAACAAUAAAAUGCGGAUAACAAGGCCAACAACAACUAUAACAACUACAGCAACAACUGCAACAACAACAACAACUACAACAAUGUCGGCCAGCUGCAGAGCCAAUUUCGGAUUACUCAACUGGCUCAUCAGUUGGCUGUUGGUGCUUUUGUUGCUGCUGCUGCUCGUGCAAGGAUAUAGCGCUGCGAUAGCCCCAACGCCACCAACAACAACUACAACCACAAUCUCACCCUCAAACAUGCUGCCCUAUUUUGACUUUGAUGUGCCGCGCAACUUGACCGUCACUCUCGGCCAAACGGGCUUCCUACACUGCCGCGUGGAGCGAUUGGGUGACAAGGAUGUCUCGUGGAUACGCAAACGUGAUCUGCAUAUACUGACAGCUGGCGGCACCACCUACACCUCCGAUCAGCGUUUUCAGGUAUUACGACCAGAUAACUCGGCCAAUUGGACACUGCAAAUUAAAUAUCCGCAGCCACGCGACUCCGGCGUCUACGAGUGCCAAAUCAACACCGAGCCCAAAAUGUCGCUCUCAUACACAUUCAAUGUUGUGGCAGAGCUCAAAGCGGAAAUCUUCGGCCCCAGCGAUCUGAUGGUGAAAACGGGUAGCGACAUUAACCUAACCUGCAAAAUAAUGCAGGGACCACACGAGCUGGGCAACAUAUUCUGGUACAAAGGCAGCGAAAUACUAGGUGGCAAGAACGAGAACGAAAUCGACAGCUCCAUGGCAAGGAUACUCGUCGAGGAUGAUUGGUCGGAUGGCCUAACUUCGAGAUUAAAAAUCAAGCGCGCCAUGCCCGGCGACACCGGCAACUACACCUGUGUGCCCACUGUGGCAAAAACCUCCAGUGUCUAUGUGCACGUAAUUAUUGGUGAGCACCCGGCGGCCAUGCAGCACAACUCAAGCAGCAACAGCAACAGUUUCUACUGCGGCAUUUGUUGCAUGCUCCUCAGCAUCGUUUCCUGUUGCCUGCAGCACUGGUAUGUGUGUGCCGCUGCGCCGGCUUCAACAAUGGCAGCGCUGCUGUUGCAGCCAACAAGACAAAUGUCGUAUGCAGCCAGUGAAGCAACAGCUGCAACAACUACAUCCACAUUGAGUGCCCGCCCCCGCAGCAGCAGCAUCAGCAUCAGCAGCAGCAACAGCAGCAGUCGCCUCAAUCCGAACAAUCGGGUGCAGUGCGUAAGAUGAAGGAAUGAUUGAAGUUGAGAUCAAGACGUUGAUUAGGAUCAUAACGUUGAUGAAUGUGUUGAAGAAGCUUAGUUAAAUUCAAGUGGAUCGCAUUGAUUUCGUAUUUAUGAUAAAAUGCACUUAGUGAAUAAAACUCUCUAGCUGUAAGCGAUUUUGAGUAAGUUUAGCCAAGCAUAACAUACAAAACUCAAUAUUGACAUAA